CGUCGUGCGUAUAUAAAGCGCGGUUGGCGUCGACGCUGCUCACUCAUCUCCAAGACACGAUGAAGGCCUUGCUCGUGCUCCUGACGGCAGCGGCGGCGGCGGCGAAGGCCCAGUACGGCGGGUCGGUGGGCGCCGCCAGCUUCAGCUCGGCGGCCGCGGGCGGCUUCGGAAGCUCCGCGGGCGUGGGUUUCGGAAGGCCCGUGAGCGUGGGCGCCUUCGGAAGCUCCUCUGGCGUGGGCGGGUCGGCGGUGGCGGCCUCGUACGGGUCCGGCGGAUUCGGGUCCGGCGGCCCCAUCAUCUUCCCCUCCAACAGCCGGCCGGCGAUCAAUCUGCCCGUGAGGCCAGGGGGACGACCUGCCGGCAGACCCGUCGGCCGACCCGCCGGGCCCUUCCCCGUCAGACCCGCACCCGAACUCACCUCGCAGUACCCGAUCUGCUCCCCGGGCGUGGUGGACCACCAGGCCCUCGGGAGCCGCUACCACUUCUCCUGGUGCCACGACGGGUUCCAGAACUACACGCAGGACAGGGCCGUCGCGUACUGCAGCGCCCUCGGCCCCGGCUGGAGCGGCGUGAGCAUCGAGACCUCGCAGGAGGACCAGCUCCUCUCGCAGAUCGUUGGAGGACACAACCUGGCUUGGAUCUGGACAGCCGGCGUGAGAGACUUCAACGGGGUGUUUCAGUGGCCCUCCAGCACGUAUGGCACAGUGCCACUCAACUACAAUAACUGGAGUCAUACCGGAUUCGACGGCCGCCCGCAGCCUGACAACCGUGAGAAUAACAACGAACAGUGCCUCGCCAUUCUGAACAAUUUCUACAACGAUGGCAUUAAAUGGCACGAUAUCGGCUGCCAUCAUCUGAAGCCUAUUAUUUGCGAACAACAUCUUUAAUCAACUUUUGAAUAUAUCUUCUGUCUAUUUCUUUUCGUUUCUUUUUCCUUUUUUCUUUCUUUUUUUCCUUUCCGUUUUCUCUAGUGUUUUUCCCGUUUUUUUUUUCUUAUUUCUCGUCUUCCCAUUUUCGUCUAAUCCCGUUUUCUUAAUUUAUUUGUUUAGUAAUAACGAAACUUAUCCCGAGAUGGAUACUCGUGUUAUUAUUACCUUUUUUCACUCAAAGAACAAAUGGAAAAAGAACAUUUAUAAUACAGUGAUAUAUUUUUGUGCUUUUUAAAAUGUAUCCUCAUAACCAAUAAAAUAAAUUAUACAG